CCCGAGCAAAGACAAAGCAGCAAGCCAGGCCGGCCACGACGGCAGCUGUUUCUCUGUCUCUGGUCUUGGGACAAACCCGCUGAAAUCAACCAAGCUACAAAUACCACGCGUGUGCGUGCAUUCUCGAGAGCUAUCGAGCAAAUCUAGGACCGAUAUUAUGGCCAUGUCACGGCGGACGGCCUGGAUCGGCGGCGGGCUCCUAGCGCGGCUGCUCAUGGUCGCCGUCCUGCUCAUGUCCGUGCGCUUCGUCCUGGCCAACCACACCGACUUGGAUUACCCAGGUGGCUACAACAAGCUCCAGAGCUAUGCGUACGUGGUGGCGUCGGCUAUCGUGGGGGUGGCGGGGAGCGUGCUUCAGAUACCCGUCGCUCUGUACCUCCUUUGCAAGAGCAAGAGGGCCAUGCCCAGCGCCAUGAUCCUGGACGUCAGCAUGCACGCCGACAUAGUGAUCAGCGUGGUGCUGGCGAGCGGCGUGGGGGCCGGCUUCGGUGCCACCAACGACGUCCUGCGCUACGUCCGCGUGAUCGAAUGGAAAGGCGGCUCCUCCGAGCGGCAGGAUCUCACCGACUACUACAACAGGGCCAUCGUCGCGCUCAUCUUCCUCCUCGUCGGCAUGCUCCUCUCCUUCUGCGCCACCGUCGUCUCCGCCAGGCUCCGCGCCAAGGCGAUCAACGAAUCUGAAGUCUGAACUCUCUGAAGGCGUGUAACCAAUUAGAUCAUCCAGGAGACACACGUACCUGCGCCAAAUUAAACGAUCGAUAUAUGUAGCUUAAUUAGCUUGCGGAUUGUACUGGAUGGCGCCAUAUGUUCAGAGUUCAGUCACUGUUUCCAAAAGGCAGAAUUGUUAGCUUGACACGCUUGAAUUAAUUUGUACAUGGAGCGGAAAA